GCUACAACGACGACAAUCCAAUCAGGAGCUGGUGGGUGUCGUUGAAAGCAACGCCUCAAUCAUCUUACAAGCACAUAUACUGCUUCUUUAUUUGGUUUCUUUCUUCCAUCGAAACUGAAUAGUACUCGUGUAUUCCUGCGAGGCAUCCGUCGCUUCUGAGUUCACACACAUCCCCGUCACAACAUUUUUCUUUUUCUGUUUGCUUGCUCACGGUGCUUGCACAGCGUUAUCAAAAAAAACUUUUGCCCUUUGCUUCAUGUAAAAGCGCGGGGAAGGAAGAAGACGAAUCAUCAUCUGGAGCGUUGUAGUGUUUGGGAAAGGGACUCUCCCCCCCUUUCCUUCCAUUCACAGUAAUUUGUUUUUUUCCUGCCCUUUUCUGUUGAACGGACUCUUUCGCCAAAUUUGGUUAAUUCUCUUUCUGUGUGUUCUUCUCUUUCGCUUGUUUGCUUCUGCAUUGGGUUGUCUCCAUUUUCAGUGCUCACAUUCUUUGUUUUCCUCGUUCGCAGAUUAAACGUUCGCGACUGCUGCAAGUUUAAUCUAGUCCUCUUCAUUAGCUUUAUACAUUGUGUUUGAUUGCCUUCGUUUUUUUAUUUUCAUUUGUUUUGGCUCGUCUUAUCCACUUCAUUUCUUAAGUUCUUGCUUGCGCUCCAAUCGUCCCAACGAAAAAGGCCACACUAAACAACGCGUGUGAGGCUUCACCGUUCCUUGGCGACGAUUGCAAACAGCGGAGUACGCAAACGCUUCGCAAAAGGAAGAGGACGAAACACAAGUGGGGUUACGUAUAAUUCAUUUACUUUGUUUUGAAGGCGAACGCGGAAAAUCCAAGAGAAACGAAAUAAGUGCUUCAAUUGCGUGGCAGAAGCAUAGCUCUACGUCCGCUUUUUGUGAGUCACGUUUUGCUCGUACUCUUCUCGGCACAUAUUUUCAUUUGAGUGAAUUGAAACGACUGCCGAGAGCUAGAAUAAAGAAAACUGCGCCACACUUUUUUCUUUUUUUCCCUUUUGCUGAAGCUCGAAGCUGUUGUUGGCCGCGACUGUGCGAUACACGUACAUGCGGCGAUUUAGCAGACCUCUAGGUUGUUGUCAAGUACCACCUCGUUCGUUGUUUUUGUAAAUUUAUAUAUGUAUGGAGCCUAUUUUGUUCUUCUUGACAUUUGCUUUUUCAAAAGAGACCUUUUCUUGCCGUUUUCGUUUUCAUUCUUCAUCCAAUACGUGCUCAGGUAAUACACUAAUUCAACGUAAACGUAGGUAUAUUUGUUGAAACUGCCACGAUUUGAUUAACUUCAUUUCUACCUUGACCCUUCUAAAGUUCUUUUUUUUUGUCUCCUAACAUCUCUCCCUAUCCUGGCCUUUUUUUUGACUUUUUGUGGCUUUCUUCCUCAUUCUUAACACACGCUGCCUUGACACGAACACGGGCUUUCUUUUUCCUUUUUUUCUUUACCUUAAAAUAUUGCGCAAAUUAUUUCCUCCAGGGACGACGCCGUUUCAUUUCUUCCUUUUCUUUUCCCUGCUGCUGUGUCAUCGUGUUCAUUGCUCACCGCCUCCUUUAUCAUCGUACAUCGUAUGCUUUUUGUCCCCCCAGCAGCUUGCUGACAGACGAUGCCGUCAGGAUGUGUGUUAGAAGACCGGAGCGGAGAAGACCCCACCGCGGCUGCAGGGAAGCACGUAGCCUUCAGCACAGGCCAUAACUCCCGCCGAUUCACAACCGUCUUGCCACCGAUGCCCACGAAAUCGCCUACGCCUGCGCCGUCGUACGACAUCGCUGCCGCUGCAGCCGUUACCGAUCCACUUUCUGAGCUGCCACUGUUACUUUUUACCAAACCAAGCCUGCAGUAUUCCGGCAUGGUGAUACAGCCUACGGGCGACAACACCAUCACCGUUGAUGCCCCCGCGGUGACGGCGGCUGCAUCUCCAACAGAGGGGUCGCAAACGGAGAACAACUCCAACGACGCUGUUCGCACGGCGAUCCCGCCGCUCGUGGCGUUGCCGGUGCCGACACCACAACCACCAUCGUCGGUUGCGGCUUUCUUGCCUCCACCCCGCGCCGUCGCCACCACCACCUUUCACGCGAGCGCUAACGUGACGACAGCCACCACCGCGACGGAUUCCAGAAACAGCAGCCAACGAGCACAGCUGACCUUCAGCGUCCGCAGCCCAGACGAGGACACGGUAACCGCCGUGCCAAGCUCACAAGACCUCUGCUCGCAGCACAACCGUCGUAUCAGCUCUAUCCUCGCCUCUCACAAUGAGAAGAACGACAGACCCUAUGCCCCACUCGGGUCCAACCCUUUUGGGUACCAACGCUUCGACCUCUCUCCGCGGGUAGAUUCCUCCCUGCACAGCGAAUUGGGGGAGAGCCAAUCCGAGCACCUGGAUGAGGGCGGCAGGGUACGGCAUCACCUCUCUGCCUACUACCACUACUGCGCAGAUGAGCCGGCUCCCACCGACGCCAUCGCGGAAAGAUUGCUCGCCGACCGCCUCAGUCCACUUCUCUGCGCGCACCGUGGUGGUGUCACAGAUAAAAUCGGUGAUGUGGUGGACACGACGAUGACGUUGUAUGUGAGGGAUGAGCAGGUCGCACACCCACACAGCUGCACCGCCACGUCGGAAAACGGCAUGGACACUGUCACGCUGAGCGCCACCGUUUGUAACGCGGUGAAGGACACUGACGCGUCGGCUCCGUCAUUCGAGGCGCACGAGUCGUACGAGCCCCUGCAAAAAGACGUGUUCGAGAGCGCGCUGCGGAUGGCGUGGGAGUGGAGGCAGGCGAGUCGAGCGGAGGCGUCGCAGACGACGGAAGCGGGAGCUGCCAGCGGUAAUGAGCUCUUCUCCGCACACCCGCGUCGCCGACUGCCCUCCUGCUUCUUUCCUGGCUUUCCCUCGGCUAUUUUGCCAGAACUGUCUCAGUCAGCAUCGACGGUCGCAAAGGAAGGGGCGCGUGCCAGUCUCACGGACGUCGCAGCGGGCGUCGGGGCGCAGCGCAAGCGUUCCGGCAACAGCUUCUCGAACAGUUUCCUGCCCCCCUUCACGUCGCAAGUCAAAGCCGGGCUGCAGCUGGAGCAGAGCAACGACCCCUACGCCCCGCUGACGUCCUUACAACUGACUGCGUGUGAGCUGUGUGGGGCAGAGAUGAUCUCUCGCAAAACGCUGUGGACUUCAUAUCUGGUAGAGCGCUACGAGUUGCUGGCGACCUUUAUCGACGUCGUUGACUUCAGUGCCUGCGGUGUCGAUGUGACACCUUCUGCCAGCUCGUUUUCCACCAUGUUGACGCACAACAAUGCUACGAUACAGCGUUUCUUUGACCUCGCCCUCGAGGAGUACCUUCCCUGGAUGGCGGACCUCUACCUCGCCGAGUACAACCCUGUGAUGGUCGCUAAUCAGAAAGAUGCGGCAACGGCUUCCGUCACCGCGGCACCAAGCUCGCCGCUUGGCUCUCGCAAGUUCCUCAGCAUCAUGAGAAAGACUGCAUCGAUCGAUGCCAGCUGGCAAGACCAUUGUCCACUUCCGCUUCCCUUCGCUACGCGACGCGCUGGGGCCAGAGCGACGUCGAGGAUCCCAACGGUGGCGAGUUUUCUCGCCACCAACGAUGCCUUCAAGCCCACUCCUCGUCUCUCCACCGUGCAGCCCGACAUCUUCACCGCGGCGUUUCUCGUGGAGGUGAGCUUCGUGGUCCUCGAAGAGCUCGCCAUCGUGGCACGCAUGCACCUGCCUAACGCGGUGGCCAACGCAAUGCACUUGUUCGUGCCCGGCGCGGCGAGUUUCACACGUGACUCGCUCGUUACCAGCCUGACCCACUCCGUUUCGUCGCCCGUCGCGUCUGAAUCCAUAACCAGCGUGCGCGGGCGCGCGACUGUUUCUACGAUGCGCCUCUCAGGGGAAUCAGUUGAUGAUGCUUCUGGCGCUGAUGCGCCGGCGGAAGGCACGAUCAGCCGCACCGACAAGGAGCUCUCAGAUACGUCGGCGACUGCUGUGCCGGCUAUCAUUGCUGGCAAAGACCCUUGCCCUGGCACCUCACGGCAGUCGCGACUGCUGCGCAACUGGAACCUUGUGCGCAUAGUAGCCGAACCUCAGCCGAUGUCGGCGGAAGGCUCGCAGGGAGCGUCUGAGGCGCCCGCGGAGGCGCCAAGCACGACAACGACUUGCGUGUCGCGCACGGUAUCGUACUCGCUGCGACGAGAGUCGAGCUACGAAAACAGCCGCGUGUGGCUCAAGAUCCUUUUUAGGUUCUUCCGCCGCGAGGAGGCGUACAACUUCGUGAAUGACAGCCCCAUCGCGAUGCGCAACUUCCUGCCGCUGCCGUUUGUUUCGUGGGGGCGGAUGCUGAUGCGCUCUCGCAGCAUCAUGGCAUGGUCGGAGUUUCACAGCAGCGUCGCCGCCUCCACCGCCUCGCUGUGGGGUUACCUCGACAAGGCGCGGCCCAACCGGCAAAACACGAACUCACAGCCGCGAGACCGCGCGCUGCGGCAGUGCGAGCAGAAGGCGCUGAACAUGGCGACCGCGAUGCACGAGCUGUGGUACUUGGAGAGGGAGUGGUGGUUGCAGUUUGUGGUGAACGUCUUCCGUGCCACGGCGCCUGUCGCAUCCUCCUCGACGUUGGGCGGCGGCGGUGGCUGCGCGGGAGCAAAGCCGCACAUCUGCGUGACGGGUCCCUCCACGAGUCACACCGUAAGGUUUGCCCCGCAUCCCUCGUUGCGGUCGACGGUGUCGCAGUUGCCGGCGGUGCAGGAGCUUCGUGCAGUGGACCCGACGGUGACGAGGACGGCCGCACCACCGAGUGCGCCGGGUGGACAACACAAUUUGACGCCCGUGUCGAAGGACGUGAGUUUCGUCCGCAAGACGCUGUGGCAACACUGCUGCCGGUCACCGUUGGAGAACGACAUACUGCCUGAUUCAAGGACAAGCCGGUGCGACUCGGAGGUAGCAUGGGGGAGCCUCAAGACGAAUCCAGCGCGGCCCGCUAACGGCGACUCGGUCAUCCAGCCGUCGCUGAUGCCAUUUACGCCGGAGUCGCCUGACUUACUGCCGCCGCCGCAACAAGUUGGCGGCAAAACAACAUCUCACUUGCUGCCUGGGGUGUCGCUUGCGUCCGUCGAUAGCAGCGUCUUCUUGUGGGCGCCCCACUCAUUUCUGAAUGGCGCUUCACAGGCAAGCUCAUUUUGCCAAGGGCCGCGUGGGCCGGACGCGGAGCCGGCGCACGAGGAAUCGCUGACCGAGUGCGCGUCAACGACGGCGUCAACGGCGCUGCCAAAUCCAUCGAGUAGACCGCCGACGGCGUUGCCCGGUGCCCGCCGUCCCCGCUCUGGGCUCGCCUAUCUCUCGCUGCAGAGCGGGACCUACAGUGAUGCGGCGACAGCCCUGGCCGCUAGCCAUUCGCGUCUUAUGGUGCCACCUAUGGCGGCCAUCGUCAGCUGUUUCUAUAGAGGUAACGCAUCGGACUGGGACACAGUCCUCCUCGUGCGCUGCCAAUCUCUCCAGCGUGCAAUGGAGGUGGAAGAGGAGUCGUUUGAGCGCGCGUUCAUGAACAGCAUGAAGCGCAGUGGGGCGGCCUACAUCUCUCUUUGCGAGGAUACGGCAGCGUAUGCAAAGGCGGAAGAGGAUGUUGCGUUGGCGGAUCGCCGCAGCAACGCCACGCGGCUCUGCGACGAAGUGGCGAUGGGAACCCUCCAGUACCUACGUGAGUGGGCACAGGAACGAGUCCAGCUGGACUACGUGAUGUUUGCCGUGCUGACGCUGCAGUCCGUGGCAGAACUGCAAUGUGAGGUCGUGACGCGACUUUACGAAGACUUUCAGGUGUUCAUCCGUGAGGCGCGCUCGUGGGUGCCGCCGCCGCCGCCUGCUCGGGAGCAGCAGCAGCAGCAGCGGAAGCUGAUCACGGCGACAAUGGCACUCGGGCCGGUGAACUCGAACAGCAUCACGGACGACGCGAGUGCUGCGGCGUGUACGACGUUUGCAACGGUAGCACAAGAUGUUGGCGUCGACACUUUAGCAGUGAAGGGGAAAUCACGCGAGUUGGAGAAGCGGUCGUUUGAUUUCUGGGGCUAUGGCGCCUUCCUCCCUCACGCGGACUCCCCUGUCGGCUUCAAUGACGGUUUGGUGGUGAUGUCGCGUGUCUGCCGCGACAUGCACCUGCGCGGGCGGCGGCUGCAGACGCACUGGUUUGCAAACGACGACGAUGAUGAUGAUGACAGGGACGGUGACAACGGUGAUGCGGGCACGACGGCGGCGCAGAAUUUCCACGAUAUCCACUACGUGAACAACGACACCUACAUCGGUUUUACCCGCCGGCAGGUAGCCGACACGCCUGGAGCGGCGGAGCAGACGGAGAUGAAACCGGAGGAGGCCUGCACGCCCCUGGAAGGGAUCGACAACAUGACGAACAUCCAUCAUGACAGUGAGGACGGUGCGGCCCAGAUGCUGCGACACGGACUCGGCAACUACACGUCCAAGGUGUGGGGCUACACGUACGUUGGUGGAUGGUACCGUGAUCGGCCGCACGACGAAGGCGGUCUUCUCUUCAACGGUAUUCUCCCGUGGGAGACGGGCAGCGCGGCACCGAGGAAGUCGCUGUUGUUGGUGUUCGGCCGCUGGGAGCAUGGACGUCUUGUGCAUAUCGAGAAAAUGUUUUCCGGCGUUCCGUUGUCCUGA